CUCGUCUUAAAUGAAGUGAGUGAACAGUCAGAGAGCGACUACAGCUCAGCGGUCAGACCUGCGCAUCCACUUGUUGAGUUCACAACAGUUCACCGUCGCUCUAUUUAAAGAGGCAACAACAUGGCACGCGCUCUGGUCAGACGGGAGUCGGUGGAAACGGAAAUGCACAAGUCCGGAGACACAAGAAAAACCUUCGUUUACACCAAGAAGAGGGGCUACGAUGUUACCCGAAAUCCCCCGCUGAACAAGGGCAUGGCUUUCUCCCUGGAGGAGCGUCUCCAGCUGGGGAUCCACGGCCUACUGCCUCCCUGCUUUAUCAGCCAGGACGUCCAGGUGCUCCGGGUGCUCAAGAACUACGACAUGAAAAAAGACGACCUGGACAGAUAUGUGUUUCUGAUGGGGCUCCAGGACCGCAAUGAGAAACUCUUCUAUCGGGUGCUAAUGUCAGACAUCGAACGGUUCAUGCCCAUCAUCUACACCCCAACUGUGGGCCUGGCCUGCCAGCAAUAUGGACUGAUAUUUAGAAGACCGAGGGGGCUGUUCAUCACAAUCCAUGACCGAGGACACAUUGCUACGCUGCUCCAGAACUGGCCAGAAAAGGACGUGAGGGCGGUGUGUGUGACGGACGGAGAGAGGAUCCUGGGGCUGGGAGACCUGGGCUGCUGUGGGAUGGGCAUCCCAGUGGGCAAGUUGGCCCUGUACACAGCGUGUGGAGGUGUGCUGCCACAGCAGUGCCUUCCUAUCAUGCUGGAUGUGGGCACAGACAAUGAGAUGCUGCUGAAAGACCCUCUCUACAUCGGGCUGAGACAUAAGAGAGUGCGAGGCCAGGCCUACGAUGACCUGCUGGAUGAAUUUAUGAAGGCUGUGUCGGACAGGUAUGGAAUGGACUGUCUGAUUCAAUUUGAGGACUUUGCAAAUGUUAAUGCUUUCCGGCUGUUGAGCAAAUACCGCAACCAGUACUGCACAUUCAACGAUGACAUCCAAGGUACGGCCGCAGUGGCAGUAGCUGGACUCCUGGCAGCUCUCCGCAUCACCAAAAGCAAAAUGAGCGACCAUACCAUUGUGUUCCAAGGCGCAGGGGAGGCAGCGAUGGGGAUUGCUGAGCUGAUCACCAUGGCCAUGGAGAAGGAGGGACUCACUAAAGAAGAGAGUCUGAAAAAGAUCUGGAUGGUCGAUUCCAAGGGUCUCAUUGUCAAGGGUCGAGAUCACCUGACCCAUGAGAAGGAGAGGUUUGCUCAUGAGCACCCACAGAUGAAGAAACUGGAAGAUGUGGUUCGGGAACUGAAACCCACAGCGAUCAUUGGCGUGGCGGCUGUUGCCGGAGCCUUCACGGAGCAGAUCAUCACAGACAUGGCUUCCUUCAAUGAACGCCCGAUCAUCUUUGCCCUCAGCAACCCAACCAGCAAAGCAGAAUGCACUGCUGAGCAGUGUUACACACUCACAGAGGGGCGGGGCAUUUUCGCAAGUGGCAGCCCAUUUGACCCCGUCACCCUGCCUGAUGGGAGGACGUUCCACCCCGGUCAGGGAAAUAACGCUUACAUCUUCCCCGGUGUGGGCCUGGGUGUCAUCGCUUGUGCCGUCCGAAAUAUUACUGAGGAAAUCUUCCUCACUGCAGCUGAGGCUCUUGCUCACCUGGUGACAGACAAUGACCUGGCAGAGGGAAGGUUGUAUCCUCCUCUCAGCUCCAUCAGGGACGUCUCUCUCAAACUGGCUGCUAAGAUCAUAGAGUAUGCCUACGAGCACAACCUGGCCACACUUCGCCCGGAGCCAUCCGACAAAGAAGCGCAUUUGCACUCACUGACCUACAGCACAGAUUAUGAUGAGUUUGCUGUGGACUCGUACUGCUGGCCAGAGGACAGUAUGACUGUGCAGUCAUGCAAACUUUAACGCCCUGGUCAGAAAGACAAAAUGAGCCCUGGUGGACAGCAGUAACUACUGAUAAUGCAACAUCAUCACCAGAAAUGAUUUUGGGAAAUAAAAGAGGCUGUGUGUAGAAUUUUCUCAUUAAUAUAUAACUGUGAAAUUAAUGAUAACAACAAAAGUAGAGUUAUUGCAUUUUAUGUCUUGACGUCCUCCUCUCUGGUAGUGAAAAGUAGUUUAUAAAGUAGUUAAUUUUUAAGUCACUGAAAGGAGGGAAACUGAUAAGUUGUGGAACACAAAGCAGUUUGCAGAACUUAUGAAAUAUUGCACUAAUGGUUGUUAUCACAUUACAUUUUACAAUAAUAUAUUUUUGGAAAGUCCUUCACAGGUUACUUUUAGUUGUACUGUAAUAGAUGGUUACUUUAUGACUGUGUCAGCUACGAUCCAAAAACUCUUUGUCUAUUAAAAAUGGUUUUGAUUAAUGUUUCCA